UGACGUAGCUUUCGUGCCUUGCAGCUGAGAAGCAGAGAAGAGAUCAUCGCAGUGAUUAUGGCGAGAGGGAGCCGGGGACUGAGGAAAGCGGUAGAAUGUAUAAAACAAUUGCCGGUUACAGCCAGCCGAGAAACACCUACAAGGAAUGGAUUGAGAUAUCUCUCCUCAUGUAGGAUCCUAUUGACGAGGAUGCCUCCCCUUCUGGGGACCAGGCCCAGAGUCAUCGUGGCCCCCACCCGCUCCUUCUUCAACCUGGCUGACGCCUUCAACAAGAGGAAGGAGUACUCUGAGAGACGCAUCAUGGGGUACUCUAUGUUGGAGAUGUAUGAAGUGGUAGCUGGGGUGGAGAACUACCUUCACUUCGUUCCCUGGUGUAAGAAGUCUGACGUGGUGUUCCGGCGCUCGGGGUUCUGCAAGGCCAAACUAACCGUUGGCUUCCCCCCCGUAGUGGAGAACUACACCUCGCUGGUCACCACAGUGCGCCCCCACCUGGUCAAGGCUGCCUGUUCAGACGGUAAGCUCUUCAACCACCUGGAGACUGUGUGGCGCUUCAGCCCUGGCCUCCCUGGCUAUCCUCGCACCUGCACCGUUGACUUCUCUAUCUCCUUUGAGUUCCGCUCUCUUCUGCACUCCCAGCUGGCCACGGUGUUCUUUGACGAGGUGGUGAAGCAGAACGUGUCUGCGUUUGAGAGGCGGGCCGGGAAACUGUAUGGAGCGCAGACCAUGAUCCCCCAAGAGCUCAUGUUUCACGAGGUCCACCACACGUAGCGCGCCCAGAUGGGGCUUCUCUUUACACACAUAUACACGUGCACAGCCAUGGCAUGAAGAGGGAGGGGGAUGAGAGAAGAAGUUAUGUGCCUGAAUACUGCAGUGCCUUAUCAUAACAUAACCAAUGAUUUUAUUCCCAACGGCCUGCAGCUGGAUUCUGUCUUGAACAUUAUCCCCUCCCUACCCCAAAUAUUCCCCCUCUGUCCCCUACCCCCCUCUCAAACAUACAUCACUCCUCCUCCUAUGCCACCAUUGUCCCCUCCUGGCGCCCCUUCUCCCCAAAGAAACCAUCAGCACCUCUGGCUAAGAGUAGGCACACCCCAGAGCUUUGUGCUAUCUCCAUGGGGUGGGCCUAGGUCAGGACAGGGCUCAUAAUGCCCCUCUUACGAUAACACUUCUGCUAAGGCUCAAAUAAAAAAUAUGUUGAUAGUACCUUACACACAGCCAUUUACUAUGGUAGGGAGCUCAUGGGAAAGGGUGUGGGGGUUCUCAUGUCCUGAUCAGUCCAAGAGGUUGUGAAGGCCCAUCCAAGCGAUCUGGAUUAGGUUUGUUACAAUAACAUAUAACACAACAUACAGUAACCUAAUGCUAGGUCGUCAUGUGGAUAAGAUGGUGUAUCAAAGGAUCAGGGUGUACGUUUUUGAAAAUGGAAAAGCUGGUUUGUCACUGUCCUUGUGAAUGAAGUGUGGGGACAGUGAGCACUUGAAGAUGUUUCCUAAAAGAAUGUAACACUGCAGAGCAGGGGUGUGUUCAUUAUGCUGAUUAUGUUGCAAAAUGUUUUGUGAACUGAACAAAACUGGGAGGGACCAACCUGAAUUUGUUCAACUGCUUCAAAACCGUUCUUUUUUUGCAACUGUUUGGGCUAAUGAUUACACCCCAGAUGUAUACACACUGCCAUGCCUACCUACAUACACUUGUUCCAAGAGGUGCUGUGUUACAAUAAUAUCGCCGGGGUCAUUUCUGUUUCCCCCCCCCCAUAUUGCACCUUGCUCUCUAACCCCCAUGGGAGCAAUGUUUUAUAGCAGAGUUUAGUUUUUAGAGUCUGCAAUAUUGUAAUGCAUUUGAUUUUAAAUGCAGCAAAUUUUUCGCCAGCAAUAUUUAAAAAUGGGACCAGAUGGGUUGGGCUGGGGACGGGGUCAUCCGCUGUGUCCUAGUUGGCACCCUAUUCCCUAUGUUGUGCACUACUUUUGAAAAGAACCCUGUGAGGCCUGGUCAAAAAUAGUGCUCUAUAUCAUGGGGAAUAGGGUGCAGUUUUGGAUGCAUGCUAUCACAGUGAGGCAUCUUAACACCCUAGAACUUUUUCACCCAGUGUCCUUUUGGCCUGGUCCUAUUGGCAUCUUUUAUUGUAUAUCAUUAUGCAUUGUACUCGUAUAAAGAUAUUUAUUGAGAUUCAUGUGAGAACACAUGUACAUAUUGUUUUAAGACCACAGAUGAGAAGAGUGCACAUUGAACUUGCUGGCAUAACAGAACUGAUUUGUUUUGGGGAUUGGAUUUUAUAGUGCAAAUGGAGGUGUUUCAAUGUGUCAAAUGGGUGAAGAUGUAUCGACUGCAUGGUUUAACUAUUUUUAUAUAAAAAUACUCUAGCCAAGUCUGGGUGUUUUUGUGUGUGUGUUUUGGAGUUCAUUGUCUCGGUCCACAGGAUUAAAUCUGCUGCAUUGUG